GAAGGGAAGAGGCAGCACAGCGCGAGACAAGCAGCCUGUCCAUAGCGCAGCAAUGUUAGCAUGUUUGUGUUCAGUCUGUUAGAAACAUACAUUUAACAGCAUAUAUAGGUUACAUAAUUAGUUUGACUAACCUUAAGCGGAAGGCUGUUAGCAGAGCUUACAGGAGGACUACCAGCAUGCCAUUUAAGAAGCGCAGACGGGAUGCUGGAGCAUUGCGAGGUAGGUUUUUCUUUGAUGAUAGUGAAGACCAGAUGAAGAAAAGACUGGGGAAAAACAUGUCCUCCAGACACACGUCAUGGGAAUGGGAGCACUGGGGAGAGGGCUCCUUGGAGACCCUUCCAAAGGAGGAUGCUUCUUCAUCUGUGGAGCAGUUUAAAGCUCAUAGACAGUUGGCCCAGUCUGUAUCCAGUCCAGCUUGGCAGAGAUGGGAGGACAGGCAGGAGCCAGUACUCAUUCUGUGGAGUUCCAGUGACAGUGAGCUCUCAGACACUGAGCCAAAGCCAUCUUCAGCCAACAGUGUGACUAGGGGUUGGAGGCCUCAUCACCACAAUAUCCACAAGUCCUACAGUUCAUGUCUACACAUGAUCCCUGCUGUCAUGCAACCGGAUAAAGGUGAAUUCCAAGCUAUUGAAUGGUGGGAAAGUGACCCCUCUGAUGAUGACAAUUCAGUGGAAAUCUCAGACUGUGAUUCUGUUUCAGAGGAGCAACAACACUCAACUGGACCCACCAUGGGGAUGGAUGCGAAAAUUUCAGACUGCUCCUUCGAUGCAGAACCUAUAGUAGCCGUGACUCCAACUAGGGGUUGCGUGAACUCUGAGCAGCAUGAUGAAAGCGGUGGAAGGUCGGCCAGUGACUGGGUCAAAUCCAUCCAGGCGUUGCUGAGGACCCCUCCGAAGCUGGUGGGCAGAGAGAUCACGACCCCAGAAGACUCAGCCAGAAAGAAAAGGAAAUUUCUCAGGGGUGGCCUGGCUGAGCGACUGAGCAAGCUGCAGUGUAGACAAAGGUCAGCCAUCAGCUUCUGGAGACACCAGUCCUCCCACAGCAGAAGCUCAACAGGCACCAAACCCAGCGUUCUGGUACUAGAGGUAUUGUCGAUACAGGAGGACUGUGGCCUGCAGCUGGCUUUGUGUAGACCACUGGAGCCCCUGCUCACAAAUGGAGGGCAGCACAGUGCCAGUGACGAGCUUUUGGUUCUGUUCAGCAAGGAUACCACUGCCUACCUCCUGGCUGGACCUGGAGACACUGUCUACGUGUACCCACCAUGGCAGAAGUUAACCGUAAAGGAUCAGAGUCACGUGGUCAUCUUGAACACACAUUUCAGCCAGAAGUUGGUCCAAGAGGAUGAGAUUGUCAUGGAAAGUCCUCGAGCUGCUCUAGCAUUGUGCUGCCCAUACCCUUUAACCCGAGUGUUGAGGCUGACAGACACAAGUGGACCUGUCCCUCAGGCUGUUCUCUCUGUCUCUGAGGUGCCAGCCCUGUGGUGCCAGCCUGCUCCCAGAGAGUCUACGGCAUGCAGAGAGGUCAGCGACUCACUGCUGGAGGUGAUGGAGGCCUGUGGUUGGGCCAACUGGUCAGGCCGCCAGGUGGAAGUAGUGGUACAGAGAGUCUACUGCCUCUACUUUACGGAGUCCUCUUCCCAGCCCCUGCUCAAGAACAGAGGCCCCCAGAGCACCACUCAGGCUGAGGUGCUAUCCCAGCCUUCCAACAGAGUGUGCCUGCUGGUCCAGGACAGCUACGGAGUGUUCAGUGAGGUCCAGCUGCACAUCAUUCUCUCUGCCGAUGGCAACCUGCUUCACUACACUGCGAAGUGGGAGGGCCAGCUUUGUGUGCUCCAGGCUGUGAAACCGGUACAGCGACUCACAUGGCCAAGGUCUGCCUGGCUGUUCAGCCUGAUUGACAGUUUGUGGCCCCCUUCCAUCCCCCCUAGAACACAUGGAGCUACCCUCGGCAGCUGGGAGGACCCAGCCAAGCUCCAGGCUCCCAGAUUCUGUUAUCUUUUGUUGGCUGACCGCGGAGAGGAGGCUGUGCAGGUGGUUUCAGGGCAGUCCAGUCACAAGCUCUACCGACCCGCUGUCCCACACAGCCUGAAGGAGGUCCUGCAGGGUGUUUCCCACAGUCAUCGCUGUACCUUUACUGCCGCAGUCAUACACAAGAGGCUGAAGAGCACUGACGGCGGCCGCAGUGAGUUCUGGCUCUUUGUGACGGACCCCAGCCUGCAAACUGCCGAGGGUGAGCAGCAAAGGACGGUGCGGGUAUAUGUGAGCAGUUCCUGUGUGGUUCUUCAAGAUGUGGCCGGGGCACUGAGUGACCCCUCCAUCUGCCAACUUACCUUUAAGGAUGCUGUGAAGGAACAUGAUGCAGUGGUGUGUGUUGAGCGCUCGGUGAUCCAGCUGGAGCCCCUGCAGAACCUGGAUCGUACCCCAACUCAAUUGGACCAGCUGGGGCCCACCACAGCAGUGAACACGCUGUGCACCCUGCGAGGUGUUAUUGUUGGUGUGGAUGAAAGCACAGCAUACUCUUGGCCUACCUGUCACCUUUGUGGAAGUGACAAGUUGGAGGAAGCGCCUGGGAACCAGCAGAAAUUCCUUUGUGGCCUCUGUGGUGCCACAGUGGGCAAACCUAUAGUGAAAAUGCAUCUUGAAGUUUUCUUACACUGUCCAUCAUUAAGCCAGUACACAGUGAAAAUAAAGCUGCUCCAAGACACCAUUAUGUCUGUCCUGAGCUCAGCUGCAUGUGGCCAUGAGGGGUAUGAAGUGGAGAAUGUGCUAGGUGCAGCCCUGGGUCCCCUCUCCGCCUACGUCCGCGUGGUGAUGAGGCAGCCGGCACUCUGGAUGGGCCUGGAGGAAAUCAGCUUGUAAGAGGAAGCUCUUGUGCACAGUCCUCCUAGGAGCUGACCUCUGAUCACCAGCACAUUGAAGCUAGAUGAAUAUGAUGGGAAGAAAAUGAGCAGUGACCUUUGCUGUGACUAAAGCAGGAACGUUACCCAAUUAGCAACUUUGAUGGACUGACUGUUCUCAUUCUAUCCCUUGUUGUAGUUUGAGGUUGCUUACUGAAAUUCCAUGAAUUGAGGAGCUGUAAAUGGUGCUCAGUGGUGUAUAAAAGUGGUUAAAAUUGUUGUGUAAUCUAUUUCUGCCAUCAUUAAAGUGAAAACAUGUGCAGCA